CAUAGAUCAAAUGGAAACAGAAAUGGAUUCUUUACCUGGUGAUUCAAAGUAUCACGUAGUACUCUUUCCAUUCAUGGCAAAAGGCCAUACAAUUCCUCUUCUAUACUUAGCUCGUCUUCUUCUUAAUCGCCAUGUUAAAGUUACCAUCUUUACUACUCCGGCAAACCAUUACUUCAUAGCUAAAUCUCUCUCCAACACCACUGCCUCCAUUAUUGACCUAUCUUUCCCUAAAAAUACCGGCUCUGAAAUGUCUCCCGGCAUCGAAAGCACCGAUCAGCUUCCUUCAACGGAACUGUUCCCUUCAUUUGCUCUCUCCACAAAGCUCAUGCAACCGGAAUUUGAACGUGCACUAAGGAAUCUUCCAUUUAUAAACUUCAUGGUCUCUGAUGGAUUCUUAUGGUGGACUCUAGAGUCUGCUAUAAAAUUUGGUUUUCCAAGAUUAGUGUUUUUUGGCAUGUCAAACCAUUCUCUAGUUAUCCUCAAUACUCUGUGCAUGGGCAAAGCUGUUAAUGAUAAUAAGCUUUUCUCUGGGCCUGAGUCGGUCCAUGACCUAAUUACAGUAACUCCAUUUCCAUGGUUAAAGGUAACUAAAUCUGAUUUUGAGCCUUUCUUUUAUGAACCUAAUCCAAAAGGUGAUUUCUUUGAGCUUGUAACAUUAGCAUUUGGAGCUGCAGCAAACAGUCAAGGUUAUAUAAUGAAUAGUUUCUAUGAGCUCGAACCAGUUUUUAUUGACUAUUUGAAUAGUAGUCUUGGUCAACCCACUAUUUGGUGCGUUGGUCCCUUGUGUCUGGCUGAGCCAGAGCCGGACACAAGGGUCCGACAUCAACCAGACAAAAAACGCUAUUGGAUUCAAUGGCUAGAUCAAAAGUUGAAGCAAGGCCGCUCUGUUUUAUAUAUAGCAUUUGGUACUCAAGCAAAAGUUUCAUCGGCGCAGCUAACGGAAAUAGCAAAUGGAUUAGAAGAAUCUAAGGUAAAUUUUUUGUGGGUAAUCAGAGAAACUCAAGAAGCUCAAUUAGAAGACGGAUUUGAAGAAAGAAUUAAGGAAAGAGGAAUCAUAGUAAAAGAAUGGGUUGAUCAAAGGGAGAUAUUGAAACACAAGAGUGUUGAAGGGUUUUUGAGUCAUUGUGGAUGGAAUUCUGUAUUGGAGAGUAUAUGUGCAGGAGUGCCAAUUCUCGCAUGGCCUAUGAUAGCUGAACAACCUUUAAAUGCAAGAAUGGUUGUGGAGGAAAUUAAGGUAGGGUUGAGAGUUGAGACGUGUGAUGGAUCAGUAAGAGAGUUUGUAACAAGGGAAGGAUUGGUGAAAAUGGUUAAGGAGCUAAUGGAGGGAGAGAUGGGAAAGAAAGUUAGGGAGAAGAUGAGAGAAGUUGCAGCGAUGGCAAAGGGAGCUCUGGAAAAUGAAAAUGGAUCCUCCAGCCAAACGUUGGACAUGCUUAUCCAUAAGACUUUUGCAAGAAAAAUUUACAUAGAUCACCUUAGUGAAACUUAAUCAUAAAUUUUAUUUUAAAGAUGAAAAUCAUUUUUCUG